GGACGACCUAGCAACGCGCUCGUUCUGCGUUUCUUCAAUCACAACUCAAGACUCCUCACCCCGACAUGCUGUGAUAGAUCUGAUAGAUCAUCCAGCUGUGUCUCUCGUUCUUUACUGAGUCGGUCUUGCGACUCUAUACCUUCAAUCUGCGCUUUGCGACCGUUCUCUAUACCAGCAUCGUGGACAACGCACCCCUCGUAUACGACACACCUUACUGAGGAUAUCCAACACCACAUCAACCUCAACCUACAAACCAAUACUAUGGGUGACAAUAGAUUGGGAAGCCCAGUCCCAGCUGGAGGAGGUGUCGGUGUCAAUGCCACUCCAUCGCCGGAGCCAGACAUGAACAGGAACCGCCUUCCUACUCUGUUUGAGGUUCUUAGCCGGAGGACUCUACCACCUGUGGAUCUCUUUUCUUUCUACAUAUACAUGCGAGAUCAACAAAGAUCUGUCGACUAUCUGGAUUUCUGGCUCGAUGUGGCACAGCACAUGUCGCUCUGCCGCCAUUAUGUCCGGAAACUACGUCGCUCGAUUCUUGUCGGGACCCCGGAACUUGAGAAGGGGGGUUCAAAGCGCUCUUCGGCAAUCCUGGAAGGCCUUGGAGACAUGAACCACCCUGUGGCUGGACCCUCAUAUUUCUCAACCGAAAAGGAAAAGGAUCAGGAUGCUCAGAUGUCGGCAUUCCUCCGUGAAGAGGCCGCCCAAGGACGCAACGGCCACUCCCCAAAGGGUAGCUUGUCAUCAGCUGUCUCAGCCAGUGCAGGCCGCAACACAACCUCCAACGAGCGUCCCCGCCCAAGCUUCAUGAGCAGCCCCAACGACCCAAACUCCGACUCCAACUCCCCAGCACACGCAGUUGCCCGCUCAGACAUCCGCCAAUCGGCCGAGAAGAUCCUCUACACAUACCUCCUCCCCAGCGCCGAGCGUGAGAUCAUCCUCCCUCACAGCAUCACAAACGACAUCACCGUCUCGAUCGAGGAGCUCGGCCGCGACGACCCCGAAGUCUUCGACUCCGCCAAGGACUACGUCUUCCAAGCCAUGGAGCGUGACGCCUUCCCCGGCUUCCUGCGCAUGAAGGCCCUGGGCAACCUCGUCCCAACCUCCACCAUGACCCGUCUCAUCAUCGGUCUUCUCGCCCUCUUCGCUGGCUUCUGGGCAGGCUUCAUCUUAAUCUUCCUCGACAAGUCGCGCCUGACGCGCUGCUGGCUGAUCCUCCCUUUCACGAUCGGCGUGUACGCCCUCGCCUCGCACCAGUACUCGCUGGAUCCGAUUAUGGGUCUCACGGGGUUCAGCGAGUACGCGUGGAUGAGCUACUCGAAGAUCCGGGAGCCGUUCAUUCGCAAGCUUAUUAAUAAGCGAUCUAUCAUGGUCUUGGGCGUCACACUCUUUAUCGACGUUGCACUUAGCGUGCUUUUCAUUUUUGUCCCCGGCAAGCGCCUCUGAGCGUCACAUCUUCCGAGUCUGUCAUUUUCUUUUCUUUACUUGUCAACAACAAAAUCAGGGGAGGGAUACCAAGGGGAGACGAAGGGUGGUGGGAGGAAGUAGAGGAAGGGGGCUUGUGUUUUUAUUCUGAUGAUUUACGAGGAGUUCAGCAAAGCGACGGCGUAUGGGAUUGCUCUUUCCAAACUGGUGCCUUGUUGGGCCAGAACUAUAUGGGCUAUGUGCCUCGAAGGAGUUUCAUGGGGGAUGGGAGUAGUGUGGCAUUGGCUACUUGCUCGCGGCCAGGGGAUCUGUUGUUGUGUGGUGUGGCUAAUGUAGGCCUUGUGGGGGCGGACUUGCUUUUUUUUGCUUGUCGUGUAAUAUGAGCAGUAUACCUCAAUGGAGUUUUUCGUGCUAUACCUUACAUCAAAUCGAU